AUGAAAUUCACGGAGCUUGACCAGGCGAGCUUCUGGCAGAUCCUGCAGCUAACGCAAGCUCAGGGCAAGUACGUCCUGGAAACAUUCAAGGCUAAAACAGACGCAUUCAUGGAUCGCUUUGAGGAUGCCGUUCUGGUCACCGUCAAUAGGGUUCUCGAGUUUGCGGCUCCCAUUGCUGUGUUCCUCUGGCUGUUCUUCACGUUCCCUGCUGUUGCCACGUGGCGCUUCCUGAAGUGGCUGUUUACUCUACCUUGGGACAUGAACAACCGGGUGGUGCUUGUACUGGGGGCGUCUUCCGGCAUCGGGGCAUUCUUGGCUUACGAGUACGCGAAGCUCGGAGCGCGCCUCUCCAUUGUAGCAAGACGGGAGGAGAAGCUGGAGGACGUUGCAGAACGAUGCAGGCGACUUGGUUCUCCUGACGUCCUGGUCGUACAAGCUGACGUCAGCCAGGAGGAAGGGUGCAAGCAGGCAGUGGACACGACCCUUCGGCACUUCCGCAGACUCGACGCGCUGGUUCUCGCCGCGGCAGUGGGCCACAUUUACUACUUCGAAGAGGCGGAGGACACCAGAGGAUUCCGCCAAAUCAUGGACGUCAACUUCUGGAGCUACGUGUACACGACCAAGUUCGCGCUGCCGGCGCUGCUCGAGAGCCAGGGCCAGAUCGUGGCCGUUGACUCCUGCACCGCCUUCAUCAACCUGCCCGCCUUCAGCCUGUACAACGCGUCCAAGGCGGCGGUGACGCAGUUCUUCGAGACGCUGCGCGUGGAGCUGGGCGACUGCGUGCCCAUCACGGUGCUCUUCCCCGGGGUGGUCAAGACGGAGCUCACCGACGGCAAGGUCAUCCUGCCGACCGGCGAGGUCGCCUCCCCGCUCGAGGGUGCCGAGCUGCGCAAGGUGACGUCACUCUUACGCGCGCACCCUUCCCCCAUGCCCCGCUAUUUGAUUCGCCGCACCCGGGUCGUCGGGGCCCCUGACGUGCGGCGUGAGAAAGGCGGCUUCGGCCUGGCGCCCGUCAUCCCCGCGCCCUACUUCGCCAAGCGUGCCGUCAAGGCCGCCCGCUAUCGACGUCAGCGUGCCGUCAUCCCGUCGUGGUACAGCAUGGCGCUCUACCUGCAAGUCUUCCAGCCGGAGGUCCUGCUGACGGUUCUCGGUUUUCUCUACCGGGGGCGGCCGUCCGUGGCCAAGAUCGCAAUGGAGGCCCUCGGGGGAGGGGUGAAGCACCCGGGGGGCAAGGAGUUCAAGGAGGCGGGAUACAGGAAGGGCGGGUGA